AUGUCGGCCAGUUCUCUGCUUCUUCUGGCCGACCAUAUUAAACUGUCGCUCCUGGAGCAGCAGCGUGCCCGGUCACUGGGACUCAAGAGGGAUUCGCAAGAGGGUUACAUAGCACGCUCGCUUGAUCAGUUUCGCGAUGGGUUAGAAGCACUUGAGAAGGAGCAGCAGCGCCUACAGGCAGCUGGAGAUGAGUCGAAAGCAACCUCUCUCGCCGAUACUGUUGCUUCGUUGCGCAAGCAAUAUACUGAAUUAUCUUCGCAAUUUCAUGGUUUCACCUCCGCCGCUACCUCCUCAACCCUCACAUCUCCCAACGACCCCGCUUUAGCCGCGGACUUUGCCCACGCGCAAUCCUCUGCUUCUGCCAACCAUCAAAGCGAACAAUCGUCCUCACAACCAAUUCCCCAGUCCCAACAACAGCAACCCUUACCAAAGAAAGCAGUCCGCUUCUCCUCCCUCACAGCCGACCUCGAAUCGCAAACGCCCCUGCCUCCCUACCGCGAUGACCCAACCCUCCUUGACGACGACGACUCAGCCGGCUACGCCCGAAACAUCGCUGUCAACAACCUAACCAACGCGCAAAUUCACGCCUAUCACCAGCGGAUCCUGGCCGAGCAGGACGCACAGCUCGACGCGCUGGGCGCCAGCAUCGCGCGGCAGCGGGAGCUCAGCAUGCAAAUCGGCGACGAACUAGAUAGCCAAGUGGCUCUGUUGGACGAAAGCGAGCGGGCGAUGGACCGGCACGAGCACGCGCUGGGGAGAGCGCGGCGACACGUUGGGAGGAUCGCGAGGGGCGCGUCAAGGUCAAGUGAGGGACGGCAGUUGGGGGUGAUUGUCAUGCUGAUUGUGGUGUUAAUAUUGUUGAUUAUUAUCUUGAAAUGA